AAACAUCCCACGGUAGUCGACACCAAACGUCAGCACGUUUCUACGUGCCCUGCUCCAGACGAGACUCUAAAGUUGCCUUUAAGCACCACUCUCAAAAUAGAGAAACUGCACUUCGCCGUUUUCGCAAUAAUGACAGGUGUUUGUGGAUUACACUUAAAUGUAGGACGUGUUUGACAAUAACGACAAUAUUAAUACGAGUUCUUACAUAUUAAAUUGAUUAUGGCACUAUCAAAAUAAUGAUAAAUGCCUGUUGACAGUAAAAAAAUUCAACUGCUGCUUCUGCUGUUGAGUAUCUAAAUAAAAAGGAGAGCACUCUUCAGAUAUGACAAAUGAAACAAAUAACCUGUAGAGCUGUUCUUGAAGGGGCUACGUGAUUCAUUAUUUUAUGUCUCUGAGCGGGCAUCUGAGUAAUUCCGAUAUUUAUCCCAGGACCUGAAGGCAGCACUAUUAUUUUACGUAUAUGGGCAAACGAUGAAGAAAACAUGCUGAGGUUAUGAGUUUGGAAACGAUGCUAAUCUUUGUGAAGACAUCGCGACUGUACAAAGCCCCUUGUCACGCCUAUGCAGGACCUGAGUCUGGUCUAUAUGAACGAUGUACGUCGCUGGUUUUGGAUCCCGCUGUUACUUUAUGAUGAGAAGAAAGGUCUGUAGCCGAGAUAUUGAGAAUAACGGAGCACGACUGACAGGCGGAUCCACUGCUGGAAGUGGUAAACACACGGUCGCAUGUUUUGUGUCACAGUCGAGCCUUGUGUGGUCGGAAAGCUAAUGACAAAGGUUGCAGGUGGUCGGGGUAGACAGUCAGACAUCCGAGGUGAAGGCAGGUGGGCCAGAGAUGGGAAAUGACACCGCAUUGCUCCAAAUCCAUCCGCUCGAGCGAAGGAGGAUAGCCCUUCAGGCAAAAUAUCCUCAGAGAGAACACGGUGUUUGGUAAUCACUGCUAAGACUCAGUGCCAACGGAGUUGGCGUUAUUAUUGGCCCUAUCACUUUGCAGAAAUGUCCUUCACAAUGGAGGAUAAUUUGGAGUCGGGCUGGGUAGCCGUUCGGCCGAAUGCGUUUGAAGAGAGGGAAAAGCAUAAAUUCGUUUUUAUCGUCGCCUGGAAUGAAGUGGAGGGCAAAUUUGCCAUUACAUGUCAUAACAGGACGGUGCAGAGGAGAAGCUUUGGUAGGGACCCUCUGGCAGAGGCCACUGGCCUGGAUGGGGACAGAACAAAAUGGCCCGAAAGUCCCGUCCGGGAUAAAGUAUCUAGGAGCCCUAGCAAAGGAGCCAGGGAGGCUGCGGUUAAAGGCUGCAGCCCUAAAACCAAGUCCGUCAUAGCAGCAAAACCAAGUCCUGUCAAAAUGCAAACUGUCAUUAAACCUGCUGCAUCUCCCGUAAGUCCUGAUACCGAGGCGUUAAAAUCACUAAGGGAGGACCAGCUGUUCCCGCCGCUGGACAGCCUGGACCUGGAGGAGCUGGACAGCCUGAGCCGGGAGGACUGCAGCUGGGCAGGACUCUUCUCCUUCCAGGACCUACGGGCGAUCCAUCAGCAGCUGUGCUCGGUCAACUCGGACCUGGAGCCCUGCCUCCCGGUGUUUCCGGAGGAACCCGCAGGGAUGUGGACUGUGCUUUUCGGCCCGACUGAAGUAUCCGAAACCGAAAUGGAUGAACUGUGUUACAAUCUACAGGUUUACCUGGGCCAUGCGCUCGAUACAUGUGGAUGGAAGAUCCUUUCGCAGGUUCUGUUCACGGAAAACGAUGACCCAGAUGAGUACUAUGAGAGCCUGAGCGAGCUGAAGCAGUCCGGGUACGAGGAGGCGCUCAACCGUGCAACAAAAGAUCUGCAAGAGCUGCUGGAGAAGCAUAAGACUAUGGACAGUAUGGUGGAGCUGCUGGAGCUAUAUGAGGAAGAAGACCAUGCCUAUGGGGGUCUGCUGGAGGCCUCCACCCAGCUGUACCAGUACCUCCUGCAGCCCUUCAGAGACAUGAGGGAACUAGCAAUGUUAUGCAGACAGCAGAUUAAGAUUUCCAUAGAGAAUGACUACUUGGGCCCAAGACGGAUUGAAGCUCUGAAAAAGGAAGACUCCGACUGGCAGAAGAAAGCCCAGGAGGCAGUCCUCAACAUCCAGGAGUUCACUGUGAAAUACUUUGAGAUCACUGCCAGAGCUCAGAAAGGGGUGUAUGAGCGUAUGAAGGUGGACCAGCGCAAGUUUGGUAAAUCUUCAUGGACGGCGGCGGUGGAGCGCAUGGAGAGACUGCGCUACUCUGUUGCCAAAGAAACCCUGCAGCUCCAGAGAGCCAGGGAGAUCUGUCUGGAGCAGAGGAAACACACACUUCGAGAGGAGAUCCAGUGUCUGUGUAGCGGCGAGGACGCGAUGGUCCUCUUAGACCACAUGGAGGCACAGUACUACGAGCUCCAGCUCCAACUGUAUGACAUUCAGGCUGAGAUAUUACAGUGUGAAGAGCUGCUCCUCACUGCUCAGCUAGACAGCAUUCGCAGACAGAUGACAGAGUGUCAGGAUGAGGUUGUGUACUACGACACCUUUGAAAGUGCAGAUGAUAUAACAGAGGAUGAUAGUGCAGAGAGGCAAGAGCUGCGCAGACUUCAGGUCAGUGCUCGACAGCUGGAGGCGAGGAGGGGGCGCAUCACUGCCAAGCGCUCCUACCUGAGGAACAAGAGGGAGAUCUGUGUAUCAAACCACACUCAGAAACAGCAGAAACGUCAGACCACCCUCAAGGAGUCUAUACCCCACUGGGUCAUACAGUUGAAAAGUGAAAAAGAGGAAGAUGAGGAGAGGAAGAACAGCAGGGUGAGUCAGGAGAGACAGAAAACGCUGGACAGACUGCGGACUUUUAAACAGCGGUACCCAGGUCAGGUGAUUCUGAAGUCCACUCGCCUACGCCUGGCCCAGACCAGAAGAAGAGAACGAGGAAGGAGCAUGGAAAUGAGCGUGAGUGAGAGGGAGGAGCGUGUGGACUCUGUUUGUGUCCAGACGCAGGGCCAGCCGCUGUGUCUCAGCACCAGUGUGCAAACAGACCCCAGCACCACACUCACCACUCAGCCUGUCACAGCUCGCACAGCAUCACUUCCUCCUCUGCCUGUGCCGAGUCCCGCAGACUCCUCCUGCUCUCCCUGCUCCCUGUCUUCACUCCUGUCAUCUCCUAUUUCCCCACCUCCUCCACCACCCCCUCCACCUCCCCCACCAACGAAAGAGGAAUUGUCACCUCCUGGGAGCCCAGGAGGUGACAAAGGGCAGAAGACUGGGGGGAAGAGUGCAGCACAGGAGCUCUGUCUCUCCCCACUCGGCCCAUUCAUCCCUCGAUUCUUUGACAGCAGCCAACUGGUGAGCGCCCGGAAAAAGCUGAGGAAGACUCCAGAGUUUGACCCCCAUAGCAGAAGAGUGAGCUCACCCAUGGAUGAGGUGCUGGCCUCCCUGAAGAGAGGCAGCUUCCACCUGAGGAAAGUCGAGCAGCGUUCGCUGCCUCCUGCCAAAGGUGACGAUGACCCCAACAACAUCCUCGCUCAGAUUCGCAAGGGGGUCAAACUGAGGCGUGUCCCCUGUAAAGAAAGAAAAGACCAGGGAGAGCUCAGGGCCUCCACUGACCCUCUGACCAGGAGCAUCCAUGAGGCUCUGCGCCGCAUCAAGGAGGCCUCACCAGAGUCUGACUCGGAUGACGAUGGGCUGGCUGGCCCUGACUGGGAAAGCUAGGGCUCAAGGCUUAGGCACAACACAUAAUGCGCGCACACACACACAGAUGCCUGCACCCUCUGUAUACACUGUAAUGUAAUGCACUGUAGAGUGCUGAGCUGUGCUGUAAACACACACAGUUACUUGCUCACUUACACUCAAACACACACAGCCUGGUCCCACAUAUGUCUUGUGAGUUUGCCAGUGGCUGAGUCAAACUGAAUAUCACCAACUCACCAGGUAUUUCAAAGGUCUAUGGUCAACCUGUUCAUUUAGUUUUUAACAUACGUUCAGAACCAUGUAGGACAUGAUUUUGUGUUCUCAUCAUUUCUGCUGUAGGUCACUGUGGUUCCUCUGAUCAGACUACAGUGAUGCCAUGUUUGUUUUUUAUAUUUUUUUAUCAGUUGUACUGUUGAAAAGCUUUGCACUGGCCCUUUGUGUCAACAUUUACGUACAGCACAUAAGCCAUUUUACACAAUACACUGCACUUGCAGUUAUUUGUGAAACAUAAAACCGUUCAAAAAAAAAAAACUAUGUGGAUGUGGUUGGAAAUUUGGGGUUAUAUGAGAGAUUGAAAAACAAAUAGAUAACACGAGUGAGAGCGAGGAUCGUGUGGGUAUGGUAGUGUCAGACACUGCUUGUCUAAUCUGACACUGCAUAAAUACUUUAAAUCCUGUAGGUUGUCGCACCACACUUGUGCCCCUCCCUCACUCUUGUCCUGUUCUGGUCUCCCGUUCUUUGGGUGAGGGAAUAUGUAUCGGUUCAUCUGUUUGGCUGCAGUAUAAGGCUGGGCUCUUGGGAGCUACCCAGAGUGUGAAUAAGUUUAUCAUGUGGUGCCCCGUCUAACAACAUCUCUGACCUGAAGCUGGUGGCCUCGAGUAGAGGAAGAUUUAUCAGUAGAGCUGUAGAGUUUCUUUAGCGAGGUGGCGGUCACGGCUAGUGUCUGCAGUCGUGUAAGUGUGGGCAGACUUGGUUGGUGAUUCCCAAACUUUGUGUGUGGGUUAUUCACGGCAGAGUUGUCAAACUGGUCAUGCUUGUUUGAAUGAUGGGUGGUGUGUGGGAGGCUCGAUUCUCUCAGCACCGCAGGGAGUCACUGUGGGCUGUGGAGCAGGCGGUCGUGAUUAAUGUGGUUUCUCCUGCCAUCUUAUUCACGUUCUCUCCUCUCCUCUGUUGCAUCUUAUCACAUUUCUUUGCUCUCAGUGGGCAGAACCACACAGUAGGAGGCCUGUUACAGUCAUGCACACAUGGACUUGCACAUUGAACUCACAGCUGACAUGUGCAGAAACAUAUCAGUGGCAAAGUGAGUCCACAGUCUCUACUACGUUUUUUCAGAAAUAGUUUAAGCACUUUCAUGAGACUUGCUACACAUUCUCAAUCAUUUAAUCUGUACAGUAGCAACCUUUUUGUUUUUUUGGUCAAAAGCACUGAAUGUGAUGUGGAAUCAGACCUAAGGAAGUGUGAUGCAGGGACCAGUGACAUGCUUAUCAGCACAUGGAUUCACACAAACGUACACAAAGUAAAAAGAUGCGGAGUCGGGAGCAGCCUCAGCAUGCCCUGUCUUAAGAAGCUUUGAUGCAAAGAAUCAUACUUUUCCCCUUGUGCUUGCGUUGAGAGCCAUUUGCAGAUGAAAUAUGAAGCAAGCACUAAUGUAGAAAGAACAGGAAUGGAGGUACAGUAUGUCUGUUAUAGACCUCAGUGCUAAAGAGGGUUUAUUAUUAUUGUGGCAGAACAAAUCUGAGGCACUUUUACAUGUCUUCUGUCACUGUCAGCACAAUAUUGUUACAUGGUACCCUCAUCAUGUGGCACGAGACGGACAUCUGACCCUGAUCUGACUCUUGAACCUAACCCCGUCCAUACCUUUUUUGAUGUCUUAACGGAGGCAAGUUUCCAAAAGAUAUUAGUGCUUAGGUUUAUGUUGCUCCACCAAACAACAACCAACAUUGUGCUCAAACCCUUUGCCAUGAACCAACUCUCACCUAACUGACCUUAGAAACACACUGUCCUGUGUACUUUGACCUUUAUCUAUAAAUAACAUUAACACAGCUUGUUUGUCAGCUAACUGUAAUUUUGUAUUGCAUUUCAUUACAGUGUGUAUAUUCUGUUGUUGUUUUUUAUUUAAAGCAUUUCCAGCCAAAUUGUUUUGUAAUGUGUUUGCUUCUGAACAUUUCCCAUUUAGACCUGUUCUCCACACAGGCUGCCUGUAUAUGACCCAGUCAGUCACUUGAGAAGUGCAAUAUAGUAUAGAAAAAUACAAGAAGGAGGAUGAAACUACUUCAUGGGUGAUAAUCAAUUCAGACUGACUAAUCCCAUGGGCUGUAUUAAACAUUGCAGUUGUUUUACACAGUAGUGUAUAGACACACUGUUACAAGAAUACCUUUUGCCUUUACUCCUGUCAUGGUCAUUUAUUCUGUUCUUAUUUUAUUUACAACCUUGCCCCUGCAUUUGAAUAAAACGCUACAAAGCAAAUUCUAAGAUUGUCUUUUUCGCUGUUGAAUAGUUUAGUCAAUCAUGUGCUUUUAAUUUAAAAAAGGAAACAGAGGAAAAGUGAUGUGCACAUGUUGAAUUCUGCAGUUGCUGUAUUUCAGUAUAAAACAUUAUUUCUCCAUUCACAGAGGUGUGUUCUCAGCCUAGAAGGUCUCUCUUUGUUUGAAUAAAACAAAGGAUUUCUUUUGGCCAAAGCUCCAACCAGCCUGUCUCUUGGUCAUCUGGGAAACCCUUUUGCCAUCAGACACACAAGUCUCACCAGUCUACAAACAUCUUUAGCCUGAGGUACCUCUUUAAUAUCAUUAGUUCAAAAUUACUUUAAAUAGUCAAAAAUAUUGCCAGUUUUCUCAUACCUCUAAAUACAAUAAUAGUAAUACCUACAUUUAAAUACCUUAAGUUACAAAACAGGAGAAUGAAAAGCUUCUUAUCCACUACUGUACAAAGGCAUUCAUUAACAAUAGCAUUAAUAUUAAGGUAUUCCAUCACUGUCAUUUGACUGUCAAAGUUAAACCAGAAGGGAAAAAAGGUAACAUUUCCUUUUCUAUGUGUCUUAUUCCAGUGUAUUAACCAGUGUGACUAACUACAGUAUGUUAGUGCAGAAUUAUGCUGUGCUAGGACUUGAAAAUCUCUUGACAUAUAGCGGAGUUACAACAGUGUAAUAACACAGUGCGAACAGUGUUCAAUUCAGAGGCAAAACAAGUGGCUUUUCAUGUGAGUAUAUACAGUAGCUUUAUAGAAAUUUGGUAAUUUUAAAGGAAGAUAAGAUGCAGUUUUGGAUUUUACUCUGGUAGAGCUUUAAAAGCGUAUAUUCUGGGACAGAACAUGAGACACUGUGUGUUUACAUUGUGUUGUUACACAUUUUAAAUAUAUACUGAAAGAGGUUUUCAUUGUUUACCUGCAGACUAGACACUCUGUCAUAAUUACUAUGCAGUACUUUUCCAUGGGUUAAUACACAACAAUAAGCCACUGCAGGGCGUUACUGCAUUUGAGUUAUCCAUCCAUUCAUUUACAAUGUCAUCAUGUGUAGAAAGUUGUCUUAUACAGUUCUAUAAUUAUAUCAUCAUUAUUAUAUUCUGUGUAAAAAUUACUAGAAACUGAGUACAGUUCUUUAUUCACUCUAGAGUGAGGAGUGAAAAUCUGUGACCAGUUUCACUAAGGGUGGACGUAUUCAAACAAGGAGGUGACGCUCUGUGAGCCCUUCGUGAUGCACUACUUCGACCAGAGAGGGCUGCCACACAGGUUCGCGGUCAACAGUAGUACGCUUUCUGUCGGAUCAGCUGAGGUGCAUUUGACCCAUCUGCACGAGUCCUCUGAGAACAAUACCUGAUGGGGUUGGAUAAAGGUGUUGCACAGAGCCUGUCUGGUAUUGCUCAGUGUGUGUGUGUAAGCCUUGAUGUUCAAAAACGGGGUCUUUCUCUCACAGCACAAAACACACACAUUAUAUACAAAUGUGUCCACUUUAUGUGCGCUUUAAAGGCACACAUUCUGUCGAAGGGUUAAGCCUUGUUUGGAAACACAUGUCGCACUGAGUUUGGCAGGAAGACAGGUCGGUCGUCUGCGGCGGUGGAAGCAGUCUGGAUACAGGAAUUCUCAUGCCAAAUCUAACACAGGCACACAGCCUCAAAAAUGUGUGUGGCAUAAACAAUGCCUCUGGAAGAUUCAUACCCAUCUACCGUGUAGGAUUUUUAAAUAGGCUGUGGAUAUAGAGCAGUCUUUAAUUUUUGCUUAAGGAGUAAAUCUAUUUCUAUCAGUCUUGUGUGUCCAGGCAACAUCGAUGUCACUCCGGGCUGAUAGGUAAAACUGACUGGUUUGGUGAGGGCCACCUUUAAGCCUCUCUUUUCAGUGACACUCUGCUGGCAGCCCCAGCUCAAACAUGGGAUUCUCUGUUCAGUACUUCUCUGUACAUUAAGUCACUUUGGAUCAAAGCAUCUGCUAGUUACAGCAUAAUAUUUUGGGGGUAUUUGGCAGCUUUGGCGCAGUUCUCUGAGUCUUUACAGCAAUUAUUUCCACAUGACUUUCAACAUUCUCCUUGGGGGCCAGUUUAGGGAAGAAGAAAGGGUGUGUGUGAGUGAGUGAGACUUUGAGAAGCUGCAAACUAAGGUGCAGCUUUCCCAGUCAAACAGCAGAUGGCACUGAGGUACAGUUCUCAAGUUAACACUUUGCCAUUUUGUUUGUGUGGGUGGAUGGGGGGGCAGUUACAGGGUGCCAGACAGGCAUCUCUACAACUGGAGAGAUCAAUUCAACUGAGGUCUACG